CCAUACAUUCAUCCAAAAUGAGAUGGCUGAUUCUGAUUCUGGCGCUUCCUGUCGCUACCGUAUCAAUCACACCCCGUAAAACAAGUACAUUGCUACGAUCAUCAUCAUCAGAACCAAGAAGACUGACAAAACCUAUACCAGGUUUGGCUGCGUGUGCUUUUGGAUAUAAUCACUGUGACGUGAAUUCAUAUUGCAUAAAAACUCAAACAUCCUACCGCUGUCAGUGUAAAGUUGGAUACAUUGGCAAUGGCCGUUCAUGUGAUCGACCUUCCACCUAUCGUCCUGUUGGUCUUCUUGGACAAAUCAUCAGAUCAUCCGAUGUGUCAGUACAAAAAAUGAGUUAUCGAUCAAUCAAGUCAGAGGUAAUACCGUUGUAUCGUCAAGAUAAACCAUGUGGCCCAUUCGGCUGUGACAGGCCGUAUCCAACACCAGGCCCUACGACAUACCCAACACGUGGAUCAUCGAGCUCGUACCAAACGUCGCCUACGACGUCAACCACGACAUCGCCUACAACGUCAUCAACAACAACGCCUACUACGACAACGACAACGCCUACUACGACAACAACAACGCCUACAUCGACAACAACAACGCCUACUACGACAACUACAAAGCCUUCCACGACAACAACAACGCCUACCUCGACAACAACAACGGCUACUUCUACUACUACAACGGCUACUACGACAACAACAACGCCUACUACGACAACAACAACGCCUACAUCGACAACAACAACGCCUUCCACGACAACAACAACUCCUACUACGACAACAAAUACGCCUACAACGACGACAACAACGCCUACUCCUACAUCGACAACAACAACGCCUACUACGACAACAACAACGCCUUCCACGACAACAACAACGCCUGCAACGACAACAACAACGCCUACCACAACAACAACGACACCGCCUACAACGACAACAACAACGCCUACCACGACAACACCUCCGCCUGCAACGACAACAACAACGCCUACCACGACAACAACAACCCCUACCACGACAACGCCUACUACGACAACAACAACGCCUAUCACUGCAUGA